GCAGCAGAGCAGUCGUCAGUGAGGAAUAUGGAGUGUGAGUGGUGGAGUUGGCCGGGACAUGUCUGACUGCAAAGCUGCGCUAUUUUCUCACACUUACACCUUUUAAUGUCCGCGUUGAAGAUGGCACAGUGCGGCAUCACCUCGUCGAAGACGGUCCUCGUCUUCCUGAACCUAAUUUUCUGGGCGGCUGCGGGUAUCCUGUGCUAUGUCGGAGCCUACGUCUUCAUUACAUACGAUGACUACGAUCAUUUCUUUGAAGACGUGUAUACUCUCAUCCCAGCAGUGAUCAUCAUCGCAGUUGGAGCGCUUCUCUUCAUCAUCGGGCUCAUUGGAUGUUGCGCCACAGUCAGAGAGAGCUACUGUGGACUUGCAACAUUUGUGAUUAUUCUCCUACUGGUGUUCAUGACUGAAGUGGCAGUGGUGGUUCUUGGAUACAUUUACAGAGCAAAAGUUGAAAAUGAAGUUAAUCAUUCAAUAAAUGAAGUCUAUGACGAGUACAAUGGCACCAAUAGCAACGCCCAGAGCCGUGCCAUUGACUAUGUUCAGAGACAGCUUCAGUGCUGUGGGAUCCAUAAUUACUCAGACUGGCAGUCUACACACUGGUAUGAAGAAUCCAAAAACAACAGUGUGCCCAUCAGCUGCUGCAAAACUAACACUGGAAGCUGCACGGGGUCACUGACACAUCCUGAAGAUCUCUACCAAGAAGGCUGUGAGGCUCUGGUUGUGAAGAAGUUGAAGGAGAUCAUGAUGUACAUCAUCUGGACUGCUCUGACAUUUGCUUCCAUCCAGAUGCUGGGGAUGCUGUGUGCAUGUGUCGUGUUGUGCCGCAGAGUCAGAGAUCCUGCUUACGAGCUUCUGAUCACGGGAGGCACCCAGGCAUAAAUGAGAACACUCAUUUAUGCCAUUUAUGCCUAACUGUGUAUGUUUCCAUAACAUACACAGUUAGUCAUCGGUGAGAGCAUGAAAUGAAAAUAAUCUAUCGUGACAACAGCAACCGGAACACACUAACCUCACUGAAGUUCUAUGUUUUGUUUUGCCAGUUAUUCAACAUGAACAAAGUCUGCUGUGGUCAACGAGAAUGAGAAGUGAUAAGCAUUAUUUUUACUCUGAGACAUAACCUACUUAACCUAUCCUGUGCGUCACAUGUGAACUGAAUUAUGGACGGGGUUUUGUUCUUCUUAUGUUAGUUUGCACUGUGUGUGGCUUUGAAAUAUUGUGUAUUUAAACCUCUAAUUUACUUGAAAGAAUGUUUAAGGUUACUCUAUACACUAUUGCUACUGCUACUAUUCUACUUUUACUACUGCUAUAACAGUUCACUUUUGGUUAAAAACACUACACAGGAUUAUUCUGUCGAGUAGUAGAAAUGUCACUACAGCCAGUUGAGUGUAAACCAUUAUAACUUAACCUGAUUUUUUUCAUUUAAGAGUCAACCCAUGUAAUCCC